AUGGCAUGGCGGCUUCUUCUCUGGCUGCCACUGCCAGUGCUGUCUCAGCCGCCUAUUGCGAAUGAACCAUGCUUCCAGCCGUCCCGACCUGCGUGCGAGCCCGUGCUGGAUCCGCAGGUCCUUUUGCAAAACAGCUCGGGACUGUGCCCAGAGAGGGUUUGGCCUCAGAACUACUGGAACUCCUACUGGAGCAACUACUCGGUGACGAAGCCCCCACACUGUCAGAUCCCAUUGGAGGUGCGGGUGGGCCUGACGAUGUCCUUGUCAGGUCCGCGGUCUGAUCCCGAGGCUGCCGCAACACUUCUGCAGAUGCUGGUGGACCAGAGCUACGUGCAUCAAGAUUACUGCAUCUCCUUCUGUGUCCUGGAUGACGAGAGCUCGCCGCAGCGCGCGGCGCAGCUCUACCGCUCCUUUGUUGGGGAGGCCGGUGCGGCACACAAGGUGGACAUACUCCUGGGCCCCGCCACUUACGACUUUCGCAGCACAGCCGCCCAAGUUGCCCAAGAGUUUCAGGAGCCUCUGCUGCUCUGGUCCACCAUGCCUGCGCUGGGCCGCACGGUGCUGUCCACAACAGACAUGACCACGGCUCAGGCUCUGGCUGAGGUGCGGGAGCUGCGAAAUCUCCGCCGUGCCGGCGGUUUGCCUGAAGUUGUGCCGCCCGAGUGUGGCGAGCUUUGCCAGGUGUUGCAAAGUUCGCCCUUCAGCGACGUGGACACUUGUGCACUGCUAACACCGCCGGCUGGGCGCGCGCUCCGGCCAUUGGCGAAGUUCCUAUCCUGCGACGGCCCUUGUGAUCCCACGGCCGACCUCGACUACUGCACCCGGGCGGCCUCCAAUCUGUCCGUGCAGGGCACCUGGGAGCCCUGGUGGGCAUUGCCGUAUGGCGGCUGGCUGGACGGGUGCCUUGUAGGAAGACAUUGGGCAACCGCCAACAGCGCGACGUCUGUGCGAUUGACGCUCCACUUCGAGGAGUCUCCGACAAUGACCCGCAUCUUUGCUGCUGGGAAUGGCACCCUUACUCAUGGAAAUUUCACCAUUGAGGGCAGAACGAUAUCGGAAGGCAUGUGGGAGAACCAACUCCUUGAUGGCAUGGAGCUGGUUUUCGAGUACCCUUCUGGGACUGAGAAUGACAUCCUCUGGUCCAUCUGUUUGGCCGAGACUUGUGCCAACUUCGUCUGCAAUGCGAGCUAUUUUACGAACCCGGCUGCCUAUUGCUGGGGCGCCACCUGCGAUCCCCAGGCGGAUCACGGCAGAUGCUGCACCCAACAGGAAGCAGACCUGACGACGUUCCUGGGUCAGGAUGUCUUCUCCACCACCUUUGACCUCAGCGUCCCUCCGAGCCUCUGGAUGCAGGACCUCCUGCCCAGGAUCUUCGAUGAUGACGCUCAGCAUUUCGUCUGCGUGGCGCAAAACGAUGCACGAGGGCUCUUCACGGACCUCUGCCGCUUCUACCUCGAUGACGCCUUGAGCCACGGCUUCCGCACGUUGGCCGCAGGCCCACUCACGCUCAGCGUCGACAAUGCCGUGGCGGACAUGCUCGCAAGGCUGCAGCACAUGCAUCCGUCCCCUCAAGUCGUGCUGCUUUGUGCCGACCUUUCCAUCUAUACCAGCUUCAUCAAUGCGAUGAUUACCAUGCAGGCUGCAUUCCACUGGGUCAUCAGCGCCUUUCCGUUUGACCGGGAACUGCUUUCCGUGGUGCCAGCCUACACGCUCUUCCACAACGUGCUGCAGAGCGCACCUUGGCCCACAAUGACCUACCUCAAGGAGCACGCACAGGAGAGAUCGGUGUGCGGGUCGAACCACGGCAAGGAGGAACUGCUGCAAGACGGCAUUUGGGUGCAGGAGCUUUAUCUGGCCUCUGCGGGACAGCUCCUUGAUUCCGUGAUUUGCUCCAGCUUCGAGAGAACCCGUGGUUUGUUCCACGUCGUGGAGCAGGAGGCCCCCACUGCGGAUUUGCCGCAAAUCGACAGCAAAGUGUUCUUCCUGUACUACCUGCGCUACGGCCCCGACCCGGACGGGCCAAAGGGAGGUUUCAUCACGUCGCUCGGCCAAGUCUCCUUCGGUGAGCGCGGCAGCCGGAUCCAAAUUGGGAGGGGGGAUGUGUCCUCCUGGAGGCACGAAACUCUCCCAGCUUUUGGGGCCUUGAGUGAGACCAUGUCGGCCCGGGAUUCGUGGCUGUAUAGCCAGGCCCGCUACAGCAUCAGUGCAGUUCGCUCGAUUGAGACGGUGCUCUCUCCACAGCUGUGGCCGUUGGGGCGAAAGGUCUUGGGCACAUAUCCCUGCCCUAUCGGAUGCCGGGCCACCAACGCAUACAGCUGCACGGCCUGUCCGCCUGGCUACUACCGACCGCUUGGUGAGACGGGAUGCGUACCGUGCACACAGCUGGCCAGCGACGUGUUUCAGGACUCGUGGGCUGGGGCGAUGUGCUUCAAGUGUCCGCUUGGUGCAUACUGCGACCCUAGCCGCCCGGCCCAGGAGCCUGUCGCUUUGCCGGGCUACUACCGCGUUGAAAACUCCAGCUACAUGGCGAGUUUCGGGAAGUGGUCGGUUGAAGCGGCAUGCAGCUCCAAUAGUGGCCUGGCAGAUCUCCAUGCAAAUGAGAUGUCCAGCUGGUUGGAGGCCAAGAAGAACCACCGGUGGCUGUUCCAGCGUUGCCUACCUGUGUCCGCAUGCCUGGGAAACAACCUCUGCUUCGAGACGAACCGCGGAGCGGGUUGUGCAUCCUGCAACUUGGCUGUUGAGGUCCGAAGCUCUAUGUUCAAUACCUUGCUCAGGAGCUACUUCGCCUACAGCAGUUGCCACAAGUGCCCAGCUACCUGGGGUCUGGUCCUGCAGUGCUUCAUCCCAGCCACUCGCCCUGCAGAUGAAAUGAAUCGCUUGAGCCUUGCAGCACCCAUCUUCGUGGCGCAGCGCGGCCAAAAGAUCCAAGAAGAUCUGCGUAGGAUGAUUCAAGGCCUGCAGAUGCACAGCGCAAUCAGCAAGAUCAUGAUCAACACCAGUGCCGCGCGAGAGGACUUGGGAAAUCUUGUGUACCUGGCAACCUGGACUGAGAUGCUGUUGCUUGGCAUUGUGAACUUCGAACAGCGGGUUUGGGGCAUGUGGACGGCACCUUGCCUUAUGUCGUGGAUGUUCUGCCGCUUGCCCAUCGCCACGGAGGUGCGCGUGCCCACAGGGGUGGGGUGGUGUGCGGGCAGGCAUGCAUUUGUGGGUGUGGGUGUGGGUAGCAUGGUUGUCCUGAUUUGGAGCAAUUCUGCGGAGCAAUGGUCGCUGUGCCGUGCAGCAUGCAACAUGACAAGGUAG